ACUUUCUCCGCUCCGCCCAGCUGAAUCAAAUAUGGAUCCACGUCCCAUUCUCCUGGACACAAACUCCUAGUUCAAAACCAUAUGUUUCCACUUGCGUCGGUGACAGGUCAGGGAGGAAAGACCUCGGACCUAAGUGGACCGAUUGCCACGACUUGAAAUUGUAAACCGCAGUCACCGUUGGAACAAAACCCGUCUAUUUGUUGUUUGAACCAUGCGCCACUACGCGCCUUAUUAUCGGAAUUUUGCGUUGGUACUCUAACUCCAAAGGAUUGGCUGGACUGGUUGCAUGAGAUAACGCUGACAUAAACUACAUGCAGGUUAUUCACCAGAGCACCGUCAUCAUAAGUACUUCAAACCUUUAAGUUGAAACAUCCGUGCUUAUGUGCAAACGACAGAAUGGGAUGCUCAAGUUCUCAAACAAGUGCAAUGGAUCCGAAUCGACCGGCCGCUAAACACGAAGAGAGCAACGGAGCGAGCACCACAGGAGCAGCCAAUGAGAAGGGUCCGACGGCCGAGGACAGCGAGACCAUCCCUGACCAGACACCCGUCGGGGAGGGCGGGGCUAAACCAGACGACCCCCCAGCUGCGGCCCCAGCUGCGACCCCAGCUGCGGCCCAGCCUGAAGAGGGGGCCGAAGUGGUAGGAGAGGCAGCGGCCCCCACCCCGGUGGUGAGGGUGGUCUCUGGAGAGGCUUCUCCUGCAGCUCCAGCGGAGGCAGCUAGCCCCGCGGAGGCCGCUAGCCUAGCUGAGGAAGCUAGCUCCACAGAGGCCGCUAGUUCCACAGAGGCAGCUAGCCCCGCGGAGGCCGCUAGCUCUGCAGAGGCAGCUAGCCCCGCGGAGGCCGCUAGCUCCGCAGAGGCAGCUAGCCCCGCGGAGGCCGCUAGCUCCGCAGAGGCAGCUAGCCCCGCGGAGGCCGCUAGCUCCACAGAGGCCGCUAGCUCCACAGAGGCAGCUAGCUCACCAGAGGCAGCUAGCUCCGCGGAGGCCACUAGCUCUGCAAAGGCCGCUAGUCCCGCAGAGCCCUCGGAGGCAGUGGCCCCAGAAGCAGCCGCAGCAGCAGCAGCAGCAGCAGCAGCUCAAGGAAGUGCUGAGGCCCCGGCCGCUAGCCAAUCAGAGCCGAGUGUAGAGGAGACACCAGCACCCAGUGAGUGAAGGGCACCUAAGGUUGACGACCACAGCAAGGAAUUCCAACGAGACCGUUCCACCACGUAUUUCUGGGCAGAUGUGUGGGUGCGUGUUGUGUGAAUGUGUGUGUGAGUGGUCGGCUGUCUUAGUAAAGAGACAUUGCUUUUGUUGCCAAGAUGCGGACCCCGUGAUCAUUUCUUUCAGUCGGGGUUCUCUCCAUCACCACUGUGCCUUUUAUUUCCCUCUUCUGCUGACAGCGAUGUACUGGCAGGGUACAUAUGUACUACAGAGCUGCACGGUCACUUACUCAAACCCUGUAGUGACCGAACCCAAACGGCCGCCAUCUUGUAGCUUAGCGGACCUGACUUCUUAGUGUCUGCUUCCUGGUCGAAACCGGUCUGAACCAGUCAGACGCUAGUGCAACACAGUCUCCUCAAUAAUAAACAGCACUUAGUAGGUUUUUUCACUUUAAGAGAAUGGAAGGACUUGGGACUUGAUUCAUGAAUUGUUACUGCAAUCUAAAUUAACUAUUGAAAAGGAGAUCUCUGUGAAGAUCAUUUGGUAACACUUUACAAUACCGUUGUGGUACUAGCCUUAAGUUAAUGAUGAACUAUUCAUAGACAAACCAUGUAUUUAUGAGCCUUUAGUAAAUGAUGAAAUAAUAAAAAUUAAACUAAUCAUUAACAAUAAUUAAUAUUCAUUUUUUGAUGAUUGAUACAUGCUAUUUUAAAAGGGACCCUAUAUUACCACCAGGUGUGAUAUUGAUAGCCGUUACAAGACAUGUUAGAAUCGACCCCUCUAGUGACAUAUGGAUCCAUGGAUAGAUCAGCCUGCCAGUUGGUACAGUCACCCAGAUAGGCUGGCAGGCUGAUUUAUCCAUCACACAUCUGGGUGGACACCUUUCCUCACAUGGCCAGUAAGGGUUAAGCAACAUCACACCUGGCACACCGUGGCAGUAGAAUUGGAACCAUAGCACUUAUUAAUCAUCUACAAAUGUAUGUUAAUGUUCUGUAAAUGAUUAGUUCAUCCUUAACUCAAGGCUUAUAAAUGACUUGUGACUGAAUGUUAUUCUAAAGGGAUGCCGAUCAUUUUGAGGUUUGAACAACGAAAACGCUUCAAUCUCCUCUCCACUCCUCCGAGUGAAUAAAGCCAAAAUUGUUUAGGAUUAUACUAUAUAUUAUUUUAUUUUUUUUGGCAUCUGUCGCUUAUUCUAUGACCCCCCCAAAAAAUAAGCUAAUCAUACAACGGACUAAUGACACUGUAUGCGUCUAUACUUAACUUCCAUGAGCUUAACCAAAUCCUCCUUAUUGCGCAAUAUGCAUAAAACAAAGCCAAACUUUUCAUAAGGUUUGUUCAACGGCUUCUGUAGUGUGGUUUGAAGUUUGGGUCUGAGGAAGCAUGGAGACACAUGAGGCGCUGCAUCUCAUCCAGGCCACCAUGAGAUAAGAGUGAGCAUUCAAAGUCACUUUUAUUUAUGAUUGUCGUGUUGUUCCGUGAGAAACGCAGUCAAAUGUCACUUUACAUGUCAUAAAUCACACCACGAAAGAGGCUGUGUCCAAAGACUCCCAAUUAAUCGCUAUAUAUUUUCUCAAAAUAAAGCGCUUUUUAAGCAGUACAAGCAAACAGUUUGUGACUUUUCUUU